AUUAAUCCCGAUAUUGACUAGGAAUGUGUCACCGAAACACAACAACCUUUUGACCGGCUCCAACACCCGUUUGAGUGACCAGGAAGAAUUUGUGUGAUAUGGAUAGAUGAUUGAUUAUUGAUGGGCAUCUAGAGUGACGACUUUUUGAAAAAUAGGUGAUUCAUAAAGGAUUUCUAAUGCUUUUACUUGAGAAAGUCUAAAAGUUAUUGGAGAGAAGCCAAAUACUUUGACUGUACAAAUAAGAAUGGCAGAGCAGGAUUUUCUCCCCGAUGAAGGUUUGGAGAUUGAACAGAGUUUCCAACCUUCCCCUUAUGAGUCCUUAAACUCUCGAACUGAAGCUUCAGCCAAGGAGGCACAUAGCGCUGCUGACAGCUCUGAUCUUUUGUGCACUUCUCUCAUGGUGGAGACUGACUACUCAACAAACCUUUCCAAAUCCACUAAUUUCCACAGUGAAAAUCAAAACAGCCCCGACUUGGAGGAUCUAGACUCUUACAACCUAAUCGAGCCCCCUCCACUGGACUGGAGGUCUGACUCAUCCAGCGAGGCCGGUUUGGUUGGAGAACUUGAAAGCUGUUUGGUGGUAGAUUUUGAGGGUCCUGGAUCUUUUAACAUGGACUUGAAUGAAGAUAAAAUAUCUGCUGCUGACUUCGGAGCUCAUGACUCUAGUGAAGCUUCGGAAAAAAUGGAGGGUCUUUUGGUUCAAGAAAUGUGCAAGGCCAAGCCAGAAAUUUGUGGAUUGCAAAAUCAGGAAGAGCAAUGGCAAAGAAAAGAGAAGCAGGUGUUGGAGAACAAAAGAAAAAUUAAGAAUGAAGAAAUGAGUAGGAUACAUGAUCUUGACCACUCUCACAUUCAAAGUCUCCUGACUCAGCUCCAUUUCUUCCAUCCAUCAACUCCUCUUAAUAUUCCCACCCACUGCACUCCUGAUGACUCGGCCAAUCACAGUGCUCCGCAUCACUCUUCUACUCCAGCAAAAGCCGCCGCCCCCGCCUGCGAGGACUUGAAGCCGAAUGCCCAACCAGCAUGUGCAGACAUGAGUAUCCCCGCAGCUCUGCUCUUUUCACAGGAUUAUCAGAAAGAACUUCUGCAGCUAUUGGAGGAUCCAGACCCUGAGGAACCCAAAGCCGACCCACAGGGGAAUGCCGAAACUCGGUCAGGACUUAGAAGGCAGAGCAGUGAUGCUUUUGAGAUGUUUUCAGCGUCUCACAGCGAGGAUGCCUGGCAUAGACACCUGCAGGACGAGCUGUUGGUCUCAGGAGUCACAGAGGAGGAACAGUGGGUAGCGUCUGAAGGCCUGGCUACAGAUCAAUCUGUAGGGGAGAGCAAUGAUCAGAAAGCUGAGAUGCAGCCUGCUUAUAAGAAUGUGCCUGGUCCAUGUGACCCUGAAGACCUCCUGGAUGGGGUUAUCUUUGGGGCAAAAUAUCUUGGAUCUACACAGUUGCAGUCUGAGAAGAAUCCCUCCACCAACGCUCGUAUGGCCCAAGCACAGGAGGCCAUGGAUCGCAUUAAGGCACCUGAAGGGGAGUCUCAGCCUAUGACUGAAGUAGAUCUGUUCAUUUCCACACAGAGAAUCAAAAUAUUGAGUGCUGACACACAGGAGGCCAUGAUGGAUCAUGCUCUGCAGAUGAUUUCAUACAUUGCAGACAUCGGGAAUAUUGUGGUUCUGAUGGCUCGCAGAAAGCCAGCUGGUGGCAAAACAGCAGACUCCACGGCCAGCUCCACAGCACCACAAAAGAAGUGCUGGAUGAUUUGCCACGUGUUUUCUUCAGAGGAUGCUCAGAUCAUUGCACAGGCCAUCGGUCAGGCAUUUGGGGUCGCAUAUCAGCAGUUUCUGUAUACUAACGGAAUUAAAGCCAGUGACCUGCAGCCAGGCGAGUAUAGUGAUUACCUCGGCACUCAGGAGCUUUAUAAUGGAGACCUGGUUCACUUUUCUCGUUCAGAAAACAUCAGAGAGGUGUGUAUAUCGAAGAAGGCAGGGGAUAUAUUAGGUGUUGCAAUUGUGGAGUCUGGCUGGGGCUCCAUCCUGCCAACAGUUGUUGUAGCCAACUUGCUGCAUGGAGGCCCUGCAGAACGUUCCGGCGAGUUGAGCAUCGGUGAUCGCAUCAUGUCCGUUAAUGGCACCAGCCUGGUGGGGCUCCCUAUUGUCACCUGCCAAAGUAUCAUACGAGACCUGAAGAGCAUGUCGAUGGUGAAGCUCAGCAUCGUCCACUGUCCACCCGUCACCAUGGCGAUCAUCAAGCGCCCAGACACCAAGUAUCAGCUAGGGUUCAGCGUGGAAGACGGGAUUAUUUGCAGUUUAAUGCGGGGAGGAAUUGCUGAGCGUGGGGGCAUUCGAGUUGGUCAUCGCAUUAUUGAGAUCAACGGGCAGAGUGUGGUGGCCACAGCCCAUGAGAAGAUCAUCCACAUUUUGUCCACUGCCGUAGGAGAGAUUCAUCUGAAGACUAUGCCAACGUCAACGUACCGUCUCCUGACUGGACUAGAUCAACCUGUGUUCCUUUAAGAGGCUGGUCCUCUCAGGUCCUCACCAUCAGAUGCAAAUGUAUAUUUUACUGCUUCUAAAAUUCUACUUUUUAGCAGAAUGGUAUAGAGAUUAUGGGCCUUCAUUUGAAAGCUGUUUUAGAGAGCUAGUUAUUUAACUACUUUGUUUUGUAAUGUGUACAUUUGCCUGUUUAUGCUGCCAAGCCAAGGUGCCUGAAGGGAAGUCUUGUGCUUGAUUGACUAUGCAUUAGAAUCCACAUCCAGACUGUACGCCUUACGUGCAAAUCAUCUUGAGGCUUCCAUCACAAGCUUCUUGCACUUCUGCACUAUCACUGUUAUGACCUGAUGUUCAGUGUUUUUUAAAGGGUUUACAUGCUCUUUACAGAGCUCAAAAUUUAGUGCCUGUAAAAAAUUAAUGGACCCUGUAUUAUCCCAGGGUUCGUUUAUAGCAUUAGAAAGAGGUAUAUUUUAAUAGCUGCUGUAUUGGAUGUUUAUUAAAGAGACAUACAUAA